AUGGUUCCCUUUGUGACUCCACCCACGCGAGUUCUGAUGCAGGGUGGCUUUUGGGUGGUGCGGCCCAAUCGUACCAUUUUCAACGAUAUUGUCGACAUGAUACUCCAUCACGGAGAUCACUUUUCUCUCAACUGCGGUUGGGGACCCUGUGACUUGGGGAGUGCCCGCUUUUAUGGAGGCGCCGGAUUUCAGGGCAUCAUCAGUUACUACUACGGAUACUUUUAUCGGUUGCGGAAUGGAUCCUUCAAAAGCAAGAAGAGAAACAAGAAGAGCAAGAACAACGACAAGUCCAACACCUUUAUGAAUAUUCCACCAGAUCCGCAUCCCAACCUUGUGGAAUUGAAUCGUUGUCUUUACAAUUCCAUGGCCGACCGAGCGAGAAAGGCUUGUGCGACAAAUACUAAGGAUCAAAUGGCCUGCAAUCAUUGCAACGACACGGAUUUGAAAGACUUGUACGGAGCUCACUUUACAUUGUGUCAAAAACCGUGGAACUGUGGACCCCAUCACAACGAGCCAUUGUGUUAUCGGUUUCAUCAUGCGUGGCAUGUCAUUCGAGCCGAUUUUGUACAACAGCAACAAGGAACCAACCGGACGGUAGUGUUGGAUGACCCUCCACCGGAUCCAUCAAUCAACCACAAAACGAAGAAGAAAAGGCGAAACCGAUGGGCACAACACAUCGUCCAAAAGUUUCCGUCGCAGUGUCAAUCCUUGGGGCCCGAGGGGUACGUGCCCAUGGGUUUGUUGUAA